UGGAAAUCAAUGGAACUUACCUAGGUGAAAUGCUACGCGAUAGUGAAAAAUAUAGUUUGACUGCAAGCAAAUUAAUAAAAUAUGAGAAAUGAGAAUCGAAUGAAGCCAGGGAAGCCCAUUGAAUUGAAGAAAUGAAGGGUCAUCAGUGAGUCUGCAGAUAACUCCAACGGAUAGUGUUACCGGAAGAAACGCGAGAAGACUGAGUGAAAAAGGACGCGAGCCUAUUUCGUCUGAUAAAGUGUGUGCUUCGUAUUGAAAUUGAUUCAUUUGGGUCAUUGAAUAUUCAUUGUGCGGUGUAGUGAGUUCUGAAAGGUUGUAAAGGAUUACGGGGCAGACGAAGGCCUUGCUGUGGCCAGUAUAAUAGGUGCAGACGUGCAAAUAUCGAACGGGAAGGGAUGUCUACCAUCAAAUCAAAUAGGAUGCAAUUCAGACGAUAACAUGACUAGGGACGGGGAAAUUCCCGCAAUAUUUAACCCCAAACGAGUUCGUGCCCCAUCGGUUGUUGUAACCGGGGAUUCACCAAACGGACCGUUUGGGGGUUUCACAAACAUCAUAAAUGCCUCAAAUCCUCAAAUCACUCAUUCGGAUUCGGUAACAUCGAGUCAACAUGAUGGCGGUGAAAGUGGCACCUGUUUGCAAAGCAAUAACAACCUUGAACGCGGAACUGCCACCCCCACGACUGAAGCCCCACCCGCCCCCAGUGCCGUACAGUCGAGACGGCUCAAAGCUUGCAAAGAGUCAUGUUGUUCGGAAUUGGCGCAAAAGAUGUACUUUGGUGUAUGCGUUACAAUCCUGGUGACCGCAUCCUGGGUAGGAGCAACGCAUUGCAUUAAAUUCCUGUAUCUACGGCGAAGUACAUACACAAAAAUGUCGGAAGCGCUACUCGAUUCGGAAGUUGAAAAUGUUGGCAACACAACCAUUUUCCACAUACCAAAGUUAACUACAACAACGGCGGCUGUUUUUAAUGCUCCAUUUUUCGCUUCGUGGUUUUGUACAAAUUUCGCUUUUCUUUUUUUCCCGAUUUAUCUGAUAGGACGAAUUGCGGUCAGGAAAUGCGAUAAACCUGGCGAGAUAUUAGGUGAUGUAUUGAGAGGAUUUCGAGAUCGAGGCUUUACAAUUGGACGAUUCCUUAAUCGAUGUCUUUCGUUCUGUAUGCUGUGGGUGCUUACAACAUACCUUUUUGCGUUAUCCUUACGAGCCCUAUUAGCUACGGACGUCAUGGCAUUGUUUGCAACAAAUGUCGCGUGCGUGUAUCUACUCUCUUGGGUGAUAUUACACGAACAAUUUGUAGGUGUACGAAUUGUUGCCGUGAUAUUGUGUGAUACGGGAAUCGCUCUUCUGGCCUACAUGGACGGAAUUACAGGGAGCCCAACGUUGGGCGGAGUUGUGUUGGCCGCUCUGGCAGCGGCAGGUUAUGCUGUUUUUAAGGUGAUGUUUAGGAAAGUAAUGGGUGAUCCACCAGUCGGGCAGGUUGCCUUUGCUUUCACUACAAUUGGGUUUCUGAAUGCUGCUCUACUGUGGCCGGUGUGCGUAGCACUGUAUCUGACGGGGACAGAAACCAUCCCUUCAGAUCGACUGCCUUGGAUUGUCUUGCUGAUAGCAAGUGUACUACUUUUAGUUUUCCAUAUUCUUACACAGUUUAGUUCGGCUGUAACGUAUAAUUUAUUUGUUACCCUUGGAUUAAUAACGGCUGUUCCAGUGUCUGGAGCUUUAGAUGUAGUCCUUUAUGGUGCUCAGUUUGCUGGUAUGAAAUUGGCUGGCGUAAUCUUGAUUGCCGUCGGAUUCUUUCUUGUCAUGUUCCCCGAAAAUUGGCCAGACUACAUUACAAGACUGUUAAGAAAAACUGGUCGUGCUAUACUCCGUUACCAAUGUUGUUGUGAAUUCGCUGAAAUUGAUUACGAUAAUUCGAAAUAUCAUCUUGUUGGGUCACAACGCGAGAUGGGGACGAGGUCCCCACAGCGGUUCGCUAACGGGCCAACAUCCUACCGUCAUCGACUAUCGGACGGGCUAUAUACGUUCCCAUCUUCGAUCCCCGUCCGGUCGUGUGAGAUGACCGAUUUAUCACCAUUAUCACUAUCCCCCAACUAUACAACAACACCAGCAGCAACCCCAUCCGGAACAGGAGGAAUACCGAGUGGAAGUGGCGGAGGUGCAGGGACCACAGAAGGGGGCAUUGGAUCGAUCAAUGAUAAUGCAAGCGGAACAGUAUCAGGACUUACUGUAUCUCAUGCUAAGACAAGACCAACUCGAUUUCCAUCCGUCGGAGCAGGAUUGUCAGCCUUUUUUGGUACCGAUCCAGAGCCCAAGAAAACAGUUUCUGAAACGCACUUUUUUAGUUUAGGGUUCCGACGUAAAUCAUCCAUUUAUGCAGCCACAGAUUAAAUUAUUUUUCAUAUGUUCAAAUUAGGAAUAGUUUCUCUCACUCGCUAUUUGACUCUUCAAGGCUCACUUCCUAGAAUAUUUUCCCGAUCUCUCACUAUCUCUAUCUCUAUCUCUGGAGUUUUCUAGAAACCUGAGUUCACUGAAAAUGUAGAUUUUAUCAAUUUCUUUCAUAUAAACUAUUCUCAGGGACAGCAGUCAUAACAGCCUGUUUUUUGUAGCACCUUCCUCCCCAGGAAUGCAACAUUAACGAUGUUGAAUCUUAUAUUCAUUUCAAGGACUAUAAAGGUUCGUAUCUUACGUACAGUAAAAUCAAAAUGAAAACUCAAGUUUUUUCUAAACGACAAUCAGUCAUCACUUAGGAAUCAAAUUCCAACCUUCCUUUUCUUAUUGCAUAUACCAUAGCCUGUAGAUCUUCACUAUCCAAUUUAUGACCUAACUUUUACAGUAAUGUAUAUAUGUUUCCUAUGAAAUAUCUCCUAUUUAAGAGGCCGCCUUGAAGCGAUGAUAUAUGAUAGAUAUAGCACAGUAUUGAGUACAAUUGCUCCCUAAUAGAGAAAGAAUAAUUUUUAGUGAAGCUAGAAAAUGGCAAACGUGGGGGUGAGUUAGUAUUACUACCUUUCUCGUCCUUCGAAACAAACGAAGGAAGGAUUAUAGGUAUGAUGUGGUACGUCCAGUAUCUCCAGUUGUUGUUCCUGCCACCCUGUUCUUGGUACUAUAGCUGGAGCUCCCAAAAUGUUCAUCCUUCUGAAUUGGGUGCGACAGAUUUGUUCUCCCUCGUCCUUAAGUCUCACGGUUAUAGUUUUUUUUAUCACUCCUAUAGAAGGAUUUUAAUCUACAGCACCGUGAUUCUGAUCCUUUUCUAGGCAACUCAUCUGCUGCCCUUUUACUUCCUAUACCAAUAUGGCCUAAAACCCAAAGUACCAGUACCAAUUUGGGGUGAAACACAUUGCAUUUGAGUGGUUUGAUGGCCACUUGACUGUUGUUGAGAAUUGUAAUGUUCUGGUUCCUGUAAAUCCGUAAUGUUAACACAAACUUAUCUUUAGAUUUUAUAUAUUACGUGUAUAAACUAAAUUUAAAGAUUCCACAAAAGCUGGCUUUUAAGCUAUUAAAUCGCUUCAAACUAUACUGCAACCAACUUCAUGGCGAACCGCGAUCAUCAGACUUCAGAUUUCAGUAUAUGCCAAACAACUUAUUUCUUUCUGCUUCAAACAUGUCAAGUGUUGCGCUUAUGAAACAUAUUUGCGGGAAGCUUUACUUUUUUAUUUUAGUUGGAAGAAAAAAGCAACUGAAAGUUAUCGAUUAUUCUGUGAAAUUUAUGGAGAAAAUGCUCCAUUGCAACAAGCGUGUGAGUAUUAGUUUCGAUGCUUCAAAAAUGGCGAUUUUGACGUUGAAGGAACGUCCUGGGUAGCCGAAAAAAGUUGAAGUCACAAAAUUGGAAAGACCAUUGAACGAAAAUCCAUGCCAAACCCAAGAGAACUUGUUGAAUCACUAGGAGUGAUAUAACCAGCAAUUUCCGCACAGUUGAAAGAAUUGGGAAUCAUCCAAAAGAAAGGAAAUUAAGUGCCACACGAAUUGAAGCCGAGGAAUUGGGAAAGACUUUUUUUUUCACACGCGGACAACUGUUUGAAUAUCAAACAAGUCGGGAAACCGGAAGCUGAACGCUUCAGGUAGGAAAGGUUUUGUGUAUUUCUUUUAUAAAGUCAUUUGACUGUGCAUUUGUCCCAUUAGUACGUAGCACAUAAUAUAUGCAUGAGAAUAUCUAUUUUUGAUGAUGGCUGGUGGUGAUGUUGGCAUUUAAAUCUAAAAUGCACAUAAUCAUGGAAUUUCUCCAGACAGACAGACAGUAAACCGAUUUUAAUACGGUUUUGUUUUACACAAAACCUUAAAAAUAAAGGGCUUUUUGAAUCGCAUCGUUAUUGGCGAUGAAAAGUGGCUCUGCUACGACAACCACAAUCGAUACAUGGGCGGCAAAUCCAAAUACCAUGCUUCACAUUUGGUAGUAUGGCGAUGCCAAUUACUUCCGCUUGCCUGGCAUUAGAACUUUUAAUUAUCUUUCUCUUCUACCGAAGUGAACUACUUCCUUAAAGUUAGCUAAUUGCUAGAGGGUUAAGUAGAGCCGUCAGUCGGUAGAAGAGACAGUCUACUAACAGCACUCACCUUGGGAACACCUCAAUGAGAAGCAGAAUCGAUGUUCCAACCAAAUAAACAAAUUAAAUAUAUAAACACAGGGUUGUGUUUGGGAGUCGAGGGAUUCCUAAUUCCGCAGUCACUGAUAGCGGGCCGGACCAGUUGGAAAGCAACAUACUUCCACGGUUAUGGCCCACGGAACCAUCAUUCUUGGGCAAGCACCCCAGUUGCUGGUGGACUUAGGAAUCCCUCGAUUCUCAAACAAAAGUCCAGUUUAGCCUCGGACGGCUUAGGCCUGAAUUUUACAAGGAUGUUUUGGGUCCUUGUUAUAACUCAUACACAUGUUGUGUUUUUGAAUUAAUAUAAGGGAGCAAAUGCAAAUGCGACCUUGUAACCACUUUGGUCACGCUGCUCUCAGGACAGAGGUGAGGCAGCGUCUGAUGAGUUUCAUCUGCCUUGGACGAAACCGCAAGCCACGUAGAGUGAGUGAUAGAUAACUCAUAUUAUCGCUUACGGGAACAAUUAAUAAAGCAGUUGAGUGCCAUCCAGGACGACAAAACAAGCCAGCUCAUGUAGAGCACUUCCAUGUUCGACGGAAAAUCCUCCCAGUUCUCCGCUGCCUGCAAUGUCUCGGCGGUAUCAAAGUUCCUAAACCGCUAAUGCGUAGUCCAUGGGUAAGGCGCCUAUCGUCGAUUCUUCAAACGAUUAUGGCGACGGUUGAUGACCAACCAUUGUAAACCGCAGCCGAUGUAGCUGACAAGGUCUACGUCGCCCUUCUUUCGACACUAUGCCUCGCGGAAGUAAUGUCAGAUAUACAAACAUCACCGCCUUCAGCAGCAGAGAUAUACUUAACGCCGCUAGUUCAGCAAUUGUUAAGCCAACUCGCAGAAUUGCGAGCGGAAAUAGUUAAACAGCAAAUUUAUCCUGUAAAUUCAUCCAGACGGAAAUCUCAACGUCCUCGGUCCAGGCCGCAUCCACAGCGCAGAUCUAAAAAUCUUCGCCCCAAGGGUAUAAAUUGGUACCACUCGAACCUAAAUUCUGAAGCCGUCAAAUACACAAAAUCAUGUAAUUGGACUUUGAAGAAUACAAACUGCCCCGUUUCAUCCCCACAGAAAUACGAUUGCUUAUAGGUACAGACGAUAUAAGCAUCUACUAGCACUCCAGAAACCAAGGACCAUAUAAAAAGGGACGUUCCAAGGCAGGAACGCAAAGUCAGCAGCAUCGACAACCUCAAACUCCGCAAAGAUCAGGUGACCAAAAAGUCCAAACAGUGGCGUCAAUAUCUCAGCAACCAAUUAACCAAAGCCCAACCCAAAAUGAAUCUACAAACAGUACUGCUAUUUUGAGUUUGCCAGACAGUGUUCUUGCGACAAUGACCAACGCGUCUAGUAAUAACAUUGAACCCAGAGUGUUUAACCUUAUUGUGUGAGCCGGGCGUAUUAAGUUUAAAUUCCAGUUUGGAAAUGGAUUUAAAAAAUCAGAUACUCUAGUAUUUGUUUCUACAGAUUAAUGCUAUGUGAUCGACAGGACCUAGGACAUUCAUUCCAAUAUAUUAGGUCUCUGAGAAGUUCAUCUGCUAGGAUUCUUCACAUAAGUGGUGGUAGUAUCGCAGUUUGCGACAAACUUUCCUUUAUUUACGCUGUUGUUGGAAACAAAACCUUAUAAAAAUCGACACAAUGUCAGUCUGUCCGUUUGUCUGUCUGGCCACCGACCGACUCCCCCAUACUCUGUGGAGCCACCAUAAGGUAUUACAUCAUAGAGCGGAGUCAGCUUACUCUAUCUUGGUCACCUUUUGUCUCUACGCGGAGUAGAAACCCGGGAUUUUCUCGUCUUCUCUAUCUUUCUAAGUUUGCUGCGAUCAUGGAGUUGAUCGGAACCAUUCCCAACGAACGCAGCAUUAUCUCAGACAGUCCUGAAGGUAGAGCACAUUCGUAAAGCUGUUUUUCUCUAGGCUGUCCUCAGUUUGUUAGUGUUACAUGUGAUUUGUAAUGUCUUCGACCAAACUGGAGCGGCAUAGAGCAGGAUUGAGCUCACGUUCGGCAUCAUUCUUACCAGGGCCAUACUUGCAGCAGGUGCCUCGUCGCAAGCACACUGAACGUGUAGCCUAUAACUGAGCUUCGCGUUUAUCAUCCCUCCCAAGUAUCUGAUGGCAGGCUUCGAAGUGAUGAUAGUAUAUGAUUCCCAAUUUGAAUACGGGCAUAAUUUCUUUUAGACUGCUUGGUGAUGAGAGCCGCUUUCGUUUUUUCCUCUGCAAGUGGUAGACUAGAAUUAUCUAGCCAACUCUUAAAAGCAUAGAUCGCUCCGCAUGAGUACAACUCACUAUCUUAUAAAUACUAUAUCGUCUAUAUCGUCGGCGUGACCCACUACCGUGGCUUCUUCCACAAUCGGAAGAUUUAGGAUAUUGUUAUCAAUGACGUUCCACAGCAGUGGGCAAAGUAGGGAGCCCUGUGUCAUACCAGAACCUCCGUUUUUUAAAAAUACUGUUGACAAUAGCUGCGAGAUAGGUGGGAAUACCAUUCUUCGCCAAAGAUUCCCGUGUUAGGUUCCAAUUGGUUGAAUUGAUUGCAUUUUUUACGUAGACGAUCUCCACCACGCAAUAUUUGCUGACACUACCAUUUCCAUGAAUUUUAUCUUGGGUGAACCAGUAACCAAUUUGCCCUGGCUCUCAACAACAGGGAGUAUUCUAUUGUAGAUUGUCCGCUCUAGCAUUUUCCCCACAGUGUCCAAAAGACAUAUAGGUCAUCUGGAGGUUUGCCAAUCUUAAGCACUAGUAUCAACUUCUACCGCUACCAUGCUGCAGGAAAUAUCCUCAUGUUCGGUCUGGAUUUCACUUAAGAGCCCUAUUAGUAUGCCAUUCAAACUCGUCGCUUUGUUGUCUCCUAUUCUACCCCAGACCUCCAUCAGCUCACCUCUGGUGCCUGAUGGUAUUGCCAUCACAUUGAGAGGUCGCUGGAAGUUGUCAGUGCUCUCCUCUUGCUGGGCGAACAACCCUUGUUGAUUUUUAAUAACGGCCUCUGAAUAGUCCCAUUACGAUUCCCUCACGGGUUUACAUUCACUUCCGAACAGAGCUCUUUAAAGAAUUCAUUCUUCUUCCAUUGAAUGGCGAGCUUGAGGGCUUUGCAGGCUUCCAUAGAGGCGCGCUCUUUUUGCUACUGAUCGAUUGUACCUACGACGCUCUGAGCCGCUUUCCUGGCUCGGUCACAGGUUUAUCGAAGAUUGGCCAGUUCACUAUUCCACCAGUAGUUCGGUCUUCUACGGAGGGGAUGAGCACCUCCUAGCCAUGGACGCGUCAAAUGCUUUGUCGAUGCAUUCGGCGACAUGUACAUGAAGGUCUGCUCAUCCAAAGCGGCCAUGAGCGUUCUAUGCCCUGUGGCUUUACCUACAUAUAGUAUACCUCAAAGGAAAUUGCCUGGUGAUCGCUGUGCAGGGUUGACAAAGUUCAGGUCUACGAUUGAGGCAGACCCUCUUUGCGGACGGUAUUUACAUCACCUUCGCACCUUCGCUUCAGCACAAAAACAUCUAACGGACUGCGCCUUCGUUAAUAUGUUUCUCUGCUUCCCCAAUGAUAGCAAUUUCCACUUCAGAUUCGUAAGUGGUCUGUUUGAGCAAAUCCUGGGCGAUCCUGGAAUCAUUGAGGUUUAUUUGAAUAAACCUCAUUUUCUUAUUGAAGUGAGAACUUUCUUAAAUUCUGAGCAUUUCGCACUUCCGGUAAUAUGCCAGCUAUCCCAUUCGUCCUUCCUGCGCGCAAUAAACAUUUGGGAUUUCCACUGCAUUCUCUGGCAAUGUGGUCUUUUUACCCACACCUUCUGCGUCGAUCGGAACAAUCAAUGCCGUUCAAAACUCACAAUAGGCUCCUCGGCAAGUUCCUCCAACUUGAACUGUACUGGUGGAUGUCACUUCAUCGAUAUCCUUGCACUGUAUAUAGGUCUCAUGUUUUUGCCCCGUUAUUGUGAUAUUCUUCCCAAGUGCGUCCUUAACAACAAUUUUUCCCAAGCUAGAUUUUUUCAGCUCUCUGGGUCCCUUGAAUCUUGCUGAAAUUUCCGCCUAGAUAUUUUAGGCCAGGAUCAGUUUUGACCUUUUUGAACAUCUCAGCCUAGGACAAAUUGCGAUUAUUGGUGAUCACAAUUGCCUCCAUGCGCAAUUCGCAUUUUUUACUUUCUUCUUCGCCUUUCUCUUGGUCCAUCCACCAUUUUCGCCCCCCUUACCGAUUCGAUUGUGGAAGCUCGUAUUUGAAGGACCUGCUUUCUCCCUUUCGUAAUUUUAGUUCCGGAACUGUUAGUAUGCCUUUAAUCCUCUGAGGCAUCUGCUAAUUUACCGGAGGAUCCACAUCUUUUUCUCGCACUCUCCUGUUUGGUGGCAGAUUGAGACAGCAGGUUUUGACUUGUCCUUAGAAUUUCACUCUUCCUGCUGCGAUUUGUUGCAGAACAUUCUAAUAGCUCUCUUUUUUUAUGGCUUGGUGCAUUUGUACUUGUCCUUAAUAAACUUGGACAAUUCAACUAUGUUUCACUAAGCAGUGUGGAGAGUGAUUCCUCCGAAUCAGGGCUCUGUUCUCCAUGACUCCCAACCGGAUUAUUGUUUUUAAGUCCUUCACUUUGGGAUUUAUGAGAUUUUGCUACUGGUGUUCUCGGUAAAAUGGUACUUCCCUUGAACACCUCCCCUUCCUCACUCUCAAAAGCUUCCGGUACUGGGGUUCCGGUCACCUGUACCGUAAGUUUCCUUCUUUUCAUGUCUUCCAUAAUGAUUUUAUGGUCUGAAUAUCCUUCCCAUAGUCAUUUUGAUCCACGCACCAGAGGUGAGCAAACAAUAGCCCAUGCACAGUCAGGAAAGAAAAGUACAUGAACACGUAAUUAAACAUCAAUAGGUAUGUCCCUAUUUGCCACCUGGGACCGCACCUGAUGGGAGAUCUGGCGACUUUUCACUUCUCUGUCUGUCAAACUCGAUUUACUCGGAAACGGCUAAAUUUACUGAGAACAUGUUUUCUGUGAAUCCCUUUACAU